AUGCUUUCACCGGCACUCCCCAGCCUUCAGAACUCCGAGAAAUCCAAAACAGCAGCUCGACACACCCAUGAUGUUGGGUAUUCCAAGUGGGAGAAGUUCGACGCGGAUGCUGCGCUGGCCGAUUUGGACCGUCCGUGGCCGAAGGCAGAGAAGGCAGACAUCGCAAAGCUUCCAAAGUCGCUGCCAAUUGAUCGCAGCUUAGAGCCCAGUGAGUUGCUCGACGCAGCAAUUGCACGGCUUCAAGAGCCGCCAGAAACCCAAAGGCAGCCAGAGUCAGAGGAGUCAGAGUCCAAGGAAGAGCGCAGAGAAACUCUCAGUGGCACAAAUGGUUCAGGCACUGAGUGUGUCGAAGUGAAGCCAGUUGACGUUGAUGCCGCAUCAACCACUGCUUACAAGCUUGCUGCUGAAUAUGAAAAGUGGCAGGGGUUUGACGAAGAUCUGGAAGAGCUGGAUGAUGAUGAUGGUACCGACUACUGUAUGGAUUCGUCUGGUCUUGACUUGAAUGCACUGACAGGGCCAGAGGAAGAAGUGAACCAAAUCCGAGCACAUUGGCGCAGAGAGGCCAGGAAAAUGGCGCGGACCAAGCCCUGUAAGCAACGCGAGCAUUGUGAACAAUCCUCCCGUGUCGCUUCCCUACGCGAGGUCCAAUCGGGUCCUGUGAAGGAGCGCCCGUCUGUUUGUCAGCCAUCCUCCAAUGCCAUGGAGCAGAGCUAUGAUAAGUGGAAAAGCUUUGACGCAGAUGCCGCCCUCUUGCAGCUUGACAACGAGGAGACCACAGAAGAAGGAAAGACGAUGCGACUCAAUUCCGACCAGGGCUCUGCGUUCUUAACAACAGAAGGUUACACGAAGGAUCGUGAAGAGUAUGAUUUAGAUGAAGAUAUCCAGCGAAACAUGGGGAACUUAAAGCAGAUCAUCGCUCAGAAUUUGAAGGAUGCAUCGGCUCUGAAAGUGGAGGGGAACGAGAUGCUUCGAGCAGGCCACGCCAGGGAAGCCAGUGCCAAGUACUUGCAAGGAAUCUCCACUCUGCAGCUUGCCAGCUCUGCUUCCGUGCUGAUGACGACUUCACUGGCCGACAAGCAGUCUCGGCUUCGGGCAGAUCUUCAUCGCAACUUGGCGGCUGCUCAGAUUCAGCUUGGUGACUUCGCCGAUGCGGUGGCCAGUGCUGAUGAAGCUUUGCAAGUUGAUGGCAGUGAUGGAAAGGCCCGGUACAGACGCGCUGUGGCUUUGCUCCGACUGCAACGCUUUGACGAAGCGGCCGAGGAGGUCGGGAAGCUUGAGUCUGCUGCCUGCACCCGCGACGAUGCAGCAGUGAGAAGAUUGCGAGACGAGAUCGCAGCAUCCACUUCCAAGCAAUAG